CUCACAAGUCCACAUAUCCAAAAUCGCGGUUUUAUUAGCUCUAAAGUCUAAUCUCUCUCUCUAAAACACAUUCUCUCUCCUAAUUAAUAUAGUUAACAUAUUUUCCAGUGGUGUAUAUAUUAUGGUUGGUGACCUGAACUCCAGCUGCUGAUCAUUGACUUCUUCCCUAGAUCAUGGGGUGCUCGUUUGCCCACUUGGGGUCCCCUCAACUCCCUUGUCUGGAUUAUUUCAAUUCUCUCUUAAAACCAACCGUCUGUCAUCACCAUUCUUGAGGGUUAGCACUCAACUCACAAGAUUGUUCCUUCACUCAUACUCAGAUUAUUCACAAGAUUGUUCCUUCACUUAUACUAUCAGAUUAUAAGAGUGAGGAAAUUGAAGUUUUUGGGGCUAUGACUUGUUUCCCCUUCUCCAGUAGAGACAAAACUAAAACUGAAGAAUCAAAGUCGAAAUCGGUAUUGGUUCACUCCACUUCGACAUCAACUGAACGUGAGGUGAGGAAAUCUGGCUCUGACUUCAAUUCUCAGAAUGUCUCGGAUGUUAGCACAGAGUUCAAUACCAGAAUCUCAUUUACAAGUUUGUCUCAAAGACAUAGCAAUCUCAGAGUAUUUACAUAUGCGGAGUUGAAGACAGCCACAAAAAAUUUUAGUCGCUCCCUUAUGCUUGGAGAAGGUGGGUUUGGGGGAGUAUACAAGGGCGUGAUACGGGAUAUUGAAGAUUCAAACAAAAAAAUUGAAAUUGCUGUUAAACAACUCAGCAGAAGGGGGUUGCAGGGGCACAAGGAAUGGGUGACAGAAGUAAAUGUCCUUGGGGUUGUUGAACAUCCGAAUCUUGUCAAACUUGUAGGUUAUUGUGCUGAGGAUGAUGAAAGAGGGAUCCAACGUCUUCUGAUUUAUGAAUAUAUGCCCAACAGGAGUGUGCAAGAUCAUUUAUCAAGUCGAUUUCAGACACCUCUUUCUUGGACUACAAGACUAAAAAUAGCCCAGGACACUGCUUGUGGCUUAGCUUACCUCCAUGAACGAAUGGAUUUUCAGAUUAUUUUCAGAGAUUUUAAGUCUUCAAACAUUCUCCUGGAUGACCAAUGGAAUGCAAAACUUUCAGACUUUGGAUUAGCCAGGCUGGGUCCUUCCGAUGGUUUUAGCCAUGUCUCAACGGCGGUUGUAGGAACUGUAGGAUAUGCGGCCCCAGAAUACGUCCAAACUGGGCGCCUCACAUCCAAGAGCGAUGUGUGGAGCUAUGGAGUCUUCCUCUAUGAACUCAUCACGGGUAGGCGUCCUUUGGAUCGAAAUCGACCUAAGAACGAGCAGAAACUCUUGGAUUGGGUCAGGCCACACCUUUCUGACAUAAAUAAGUUUCAACUCAUCUUGGACCCUCAGCUAGACGGGAAAUACUCCCUCAAGUCUGCUCAAAGGCUAGCAGCCAUAGCUAACAGGUGCUUAGUGCGGCAACCAAAAAGUCGCCCCAAGAUGAGUGAAGUCUUGGUUAUAUUGAACCGGGCUGUGGAGCCAACAGAAAUUGGAAGCCCUCAACCCCCUCUGAAGAGUCCCACUCCAAAAGAUGCUCGCAAAAAGACCACGAGAGAAGAUCUGAAGAGAAGGUUUCUCGAGGUGGUUUGUAUGGCGAACAUGGAGACCUAAGCUCUUGAGGACUACUUAAAUUGUUGCAGAUUUUCUUGUCACGUGGGUGAACAAAGCUCAUGCAGAAGGGCUGGCUCAUUCGUUGAACGUUCAUCCUGUUUUGAUCUUUAUGUGUUUGGUGCAAUACAAUUUGUACAGCGUUCAAGUAAAAUUUUACAAUAUGUGAGUUAUUCUAAAGAAUGAAUGUUUCAGCUGAAAAAAAAAAGCAUAGAUAUUUCUUCUCGAACAAUUAUAUACGAAUAAAUAAUUGUAAUUCUAAUUUAGCAAAUGAAAUUUUUUUAUUUUUAUUA